GUUACGCGAUGACGCAAUUUCUGCCUCGUUGGAGGGUGAUUUCAGCAGGAAACCGAAAAAAAACCAGGGAAGAAAGACAGAACUAAACGCCCAUCUGAGUUUAUUCUUAUUUUAGAGCGAAAAUACGCCGAGCAUCGAAGGAUGUCGCUGGGGGAGGAGCUACAGGACAUGCGGGGGCCGGACCUGUUCGGACUGCUGUUUCCUGAUGAAGAUCCUGGAGAUGACGAUCUCUUCUUCUCUGACGGGAAUAACCUGAUGGAGGGCCUGCUGUCCGAACAGGAGAUGUUGAGUGCGGUGGACACGGAGGAUUUCCUCAGUCGGUUGCUAGGCGAGGAGGACGACGGUUUCACCGCUCCGUGUGUGUCUCUCUCUCCGCUGGGGAGCGACAGCGGCAUCUCGGACGACCCGAGCUCGAGCCCCCACAGCGAGACGGAGGGCGUGGCCGAGGGCGUGGCCGAGGGCGUGGCCGAGGGCGUGGCCGAGUGUUAUGAAGCCCAGGUGGUGGAGACGGAUCACUGUUACGCCUUACACAGCGUCCGCACAGAAAAACCCGACACCGACGUCUUCAUCGACCUCGAUGACAUGGACGAGAGCCUGAGUCCUGAUGUGUCCAGUGAGCUGCCCUGCUCUCUCACUAUAGAGGAGUCCACACUGAGCGACAAGCUCGAGCACAUGUUCCACUUUAAGGAGAUCGAGCUGACGGACGAGGAGCGUCGACUUUUAGCCAAGGAGGGAUUGACCAUCCCAACAAACAUGCCCCUCACCAAGGCGGAGGAGAGAUCUCUGAAGCGGGUGAGGAGGAAGAUCAGGAAUAAACAGUCUGCACAGGAAAGUCGCAAGAAGAAGAAACUGUACGUGGAUGGACUGGAGAACAGGGUUGCUGUGUGUACGGCUCAUAAUCAGGAACUGCAGAAAAAAGUGGAGCUGCUGCAGAAACAAAACAUGUCUCUGAUGGAGCAGCUGAGGAAACUGCAGUCCAUAGUGAAGAUGAGCACCAUGAAGACCAGCACCACCACCACCUGUAUCAUGGUGUUCUUGCUGUCAUUCUGUCUGAUCAUUUUUCCCUCCAUGAAUCCGUUCGGCAGCUCCGUGCAAAAAGACCUGUACACUGCCUCAACAGGUAUGUCUCGAGCUCUGCGUUCGUAUCCCACGAUGCCCAAAGGCGACGUGUUCGCCAGCUCUAACGAGGCGCCGGAGCAGGCGGAGCAGGAGGCGGAGCUGGUGCUGGUGGUGGAGAAUAAUCACAUCCUCCUGAAUCAGACGCCCGACUACCAGCAGGUCGAACAGUCCGACUCCGAGACGGCCGUCAACAGCAACUCGUCAUCCGACUUCCCGUCCGGCGCCAUCACACACACUCGCUCGCAGACACACACGCAGACACACGCGCGCUCGGACCCGGCGGCGCCCCCGGUGGUGUACGACGGCCAGAGCGCGGGUAAAGAGAGCUGGCUGGAGCAAACGGCUACCGCGGUCAUUAUACAGCAACAUCGCUCUGACGAGAUGUAGCCACACACACACACACACACACACACACACGGGACAGAGUGGAAUAUUAUUAUUUUAUUCUUUUAUUUAAUCUGCUGUAAUUGGCUGUGCACCGAUAAUCAGACAUGUCUCUAUAUUUAGUGACUCCCUAAGUAGGCAGCCUACUGAGGCAGCAUUCAUACAGUCGAGAUGAAGUCUGAAUUCUUAUUUUGCUAACUUAUUGCUGAAAUCCCAUAAUUCCACUCCUCAGAUGUUAGGAUGUAUAAAUUUUGGCACCCUGAUUGUAAGAUAAAGAGGUUUUAGUUAAGAGUCCCUUCUUACAGUGCACUAUUACUUUUUUUAAAAGUUUUUUUUUAACAUUUACGCACUUUCUUUACAUCCGCGUCCCUCCUUUAGCCGACACACAGCGUCGUUACGCAUUUUCUCAGAAGGAGGCGUCAGUGGGUGUGAUGGAGAUGAUGUGUGUGAUUAUAUUCGAGCUGUUGCAGGGCAUUCCACAUCAUCAUCAUCAUCAUCAUCGUUGCAGCACUUCAUCAUUUUCCCUUUCAGUAAAAAAACGGAUGAAAGUUUCCUGUGUGUGUGAUGAAGGAAGUGUCGUGGAUCCACUCAGGAAUCUUGACCUGUUGUGUAAAUAAUCAUGUAAAGGGAAGAAGGAAUCUGUUCAGUGGACGUUCUGUGUAAAAUUAAAUUGUUUCAUUGAUCUUUUAAUCAUUUUUUUAAACAGAUCCAUGCUGUAAAUAAAGCUUGAGCUGUAGAGCGUCAGCUUCAACCGUAAAUCUGCGAUGUAUUAUUAUAAAUGUGUAUUAGUGUUUAUCGGUGAUGUGCUUUAUUUUUAUUUUAUUUUUUUAUUUGUCUGCUGAUUAUUUCUGGACGUUGCACUGAUGUGUUAGUGCUCAGAAUGUUUAACGUCAUUUUUAUGUAAAUGUUACUGAAUGAGCUGAUUAAACAAACAUUCCUUUAUUAUAUAAAAA